CCGAGUGUCGUUCCGAUAAUUACUGGGUUUUUUUUUGUUUUUUUGCUCCUCCCCAUCGUCGCCCUAUUCUCGAACCACCUGGAGAGAAGAGGGCAGGAAGAACCGUAGGUUCGUCGUCGCCGCCGCUGCUGUGGAGAGGGGAGAGAUGAAGAUCUUCGUGAAGACUCUCAAGGGCAGCCACUUCGAGAUCGAAGUGAAGCCCGAAGACACCGUCACUGAUGUCAAAAAGAAUAUUGAGGCUAUUCAAGGGAAAGGUGUUUACCCAGCUGAACAACAGAUGCUGAUACAUCAAGGGAAAAUUCUUAAAGAUGAUACAACUUUGCAGGAUAAUAAAGUUGCUGAGAACAGUUUUAUCGUUAUAAUGUUGUCUAAGACUAAAGGUUCAUCAAGUGGAGCUUCAACAGCGAGCACAACACCAGCGAGUCAGGCCUUGCCUCCUAGCACUGUGACUCCUAGUGUUUCAGCCCCAGCACCCACACCAGCUGCAGCACCCCCAGCAACCUUGGCCCCGGUCCCUGCAACUACACCUACUCCAAGUGCCACAACUGCACCAGCUUCUGCAGUUACUGCACCUGCCGAUGCUUAUGGUCAAGCAGCAUCCAAUCUUGUUGCAGGCAAUGCCCUUGAGCAAACCAUCCAACAUAUUCUUGACAUGGGUGGAGGCACUUGGGACAGGGACACUGUUGUUCGUGCUUUACGUGCUGCAUAUAACAACCCUGAGAGAGCUGUUGAAUACUUAUAUUCAGGGAUUCCUGAGCAAGCAGAAGCACCACCUGUGGCCCAAGCCCCAGCAAGUGGGCAGAUGGCUAACCCACCAGUCCAGGCUCCCCAGCCAGCCCAGGCUCCCCAACCAGCCCAGCCAGCAGUUCCUUCAAGUGGGCCAAAUGCUAAUCCUUUGGACCUCUUUCCCCAGCAGGGUCUCCCCAGCAUGGGCUCCAAUGCUAGUGCAGGCAGCCUUGAUUUUCUUCGCAACAGUCCACAGUUCCGAGCCUUGCAGACUUUGGUGCAGGCAAACCCUCAAAUACUACAGGUCGCUUCUCAUUCCUUACCUCACAAAAUGUUCUUAUUAUACUUUUCUUUAACACUAUUCUCAAUUUUUUUUUCACAGCCAAUGCUUCAAGAGCUAGGAAAACAAAACCCUCAGGUUAUGAGGCUUAUUCAGGAGCAUCAAGCUGAAUUUCUUCGUUUACUUAAUGAACCAGCUGAAGGGGCAGAGAGCAACCUACUAGGACAAUUAGCGGGUGCAAUGCCACAAGCAUUAACAGUUACUCCUGAGGAACGCGAGGCCAUUGAGCGCCUCGAGGCGAUGGGCUUUGACCGGGCUCUUGUGUUGGAGGUCUUCUUUGCCUGCAACAAGAAUGAGGAGUUAGCUGCGAACUAUCUUUUGGACCACAUGCAUGAAUUUGAAGACUGAUUGAAGUAGGUAAAAGCUUGACCUGCAGCUUUACUGAGUGCAUGCUACUCCCUGUUCACAAGAAUUGUGUAGUAUGUGCAUGCAACUCUCGGUUCACAGGAAUUGUGUGGUUGUGCAUUACUGUUCGUAGUGGACAAAGAAUGUUUGGUCAAUCAGAGCUUUUUAUAUGUUUUUUCCUCUUUAUAUCUUGCUUCUUUCAUGAAGACAUAAUCUCCAUGCAGAGUAAAGUAUCAUGAGAAUGCAAUUUGUGUAUAAUGAUUUUAUUUUGGGACCAUAUCAGCAGCAUAGCACAUGAAUGCAGUUUCUUAUUUACUUUCAUGAUAAAA